ACAACAUAACACACCAACAAAGGGACCCUGCUCGAAAUGGGGCGAUGUGGAUUGAGGUGUUCCUUUUCCUUGUGAACUGUCGAAAGAAAGCAACCACGAGGACUAAGGAACAACUAGCAGACGGAGGAGGUGGUAGAGGAGUGGUGGCUUUGGUGUCUGAAGAAAGGUGGUAUGGGUGGGGGGGCAUUCGGGAUGGCAAAUGGAAAUGAGAGCAGUGAAGGGCCUGCUGGGCCCAUGGCAGCAGUGGUGGCUACCACAGGUGGGAUGGUAGCAGAGAGUCCUUCCUCAGCUGUCUCUACGUAUGUCAAACUGGUGCUGCUGGGGCUGAUCAUCUGCAUCAGCCUUGUGGGCAACUUGGUGGUGUCUCUGCUCGUACUGCGGGACCGGGCCCUGCACAAGGCACCUUACUACUUCCUGCUAGACCUGUGCUUGGCAGACACCAUUCGAUCCGCCAUCUGCUUCCCCUUUGUGCUGGUCUCUAUCAAGAAUGGCUCGGCCUGGACCUACAGCGUGCUGAGCUGCAAGGUGGUAGCCUUCAUGGCAGUGCUCUUCUGUUUCCAUGCCGCCUUCAUGCUGUUCUGCAUCAGUGUAACACGCUACAUGGCCAUUGCACACCACCGUUUUUACUCAAAGCGCAUGACAUUCUGGACAUGUGUGGCAGUGGUGUGCAUGGUUUGGACACUGUCUGUGGCGAUGGCUUUCCCACCUGUUUUUGAUGUGGGCACCUACAAAUUCAUUCGUGAGGAGGACCAGUGCAUCUUUGAGCACCGCUACUUCAAGGCUAAUGAUACACUAGGUUUUAUGCUAAUGCUGGCUGUGCUCAUUCUAGCCACACAUGUUGUCUACAUGAAGUUACUCCUCUUUGAGUACAAGCACCGCAAGAUGAAGCCGGUCCAGAUGGUGCCAGCCAUCAGUCAGAACUGGACCUUCCAUGGGCCAGGGGCUACCGGCCAAGCGGCAGCCAAUUGGAUUGCGGGCUUUGGCAGGGGUCCAAUGCCACCCACUCUGCUGGGAAUUCGGCAAAACUUGCACAACCAGAACCGGCGCCUGUUGGGAAUGGAGGAAUUCAAAGCAGAGAAACAGCUUGGCAGGAUGUUCUAUGUGAUCACCCUGCUUUUCCUGGUGCUCUGGUCUCCCUACAUAGUGGCUUGCUAUUGGAGAGUGUUUGUCAAGGCUUGCACAAUACCACACCGGUACCUUUCCACCACUGUGUGGAUGAGUUUCGCUCAAGCUGGGGUCAACCCUAUUGUCUGUUUUUUCCUUAACAAAGACUUGAAGAAAGGGCUCCUUUCCCACCUACCAGCCUGCUGCAGGACUAAACCUCAUCUGCCACGAGAGCCUUAUUGUGUCAUGUAGGCAGAAAUGAUGAUCUAAAACCAAGGGGCAGCCGAAAGAUGUGUUGUUCGAGUGUUUGCCUGAGUUAUUGUGGCGUUUGAUUAAAUGCAAGCUGCUUUUAAGCAGUGGGUAUAAACUAGUGAGUGUAAUGGUAACAUUGGAAUGGUAAGCAUGCAUCCCCAUCUACCAACCCUUUUUCAUUCAAAACAACAGCAUACAUGGAGUCAGACCAUGACUUUUGAUAUCAAGAGAAAAAUACUUUAAUAGCAAAACUUACAAGUAUUAAUGCAGUCAUUGUGGAAGCCACCAACAAAUUACAAAAGCUUCUUCGUAAAGCGGCCAAUAAGAAAAGUUGUGGAUUGGUUUGGCAACAAAAAAAUAGAGCAAAAUAAGCAACUUUCCUAGUUUAGAUCUAAAACUAAAAUGCUGGAUUUGUUAGUAAACCCAGAUAAUGUUCUCUGAAUGGUGACAAUGAGAGAGAGAUACAACAACAAUUGUACCUUCUUUUUUUUUGCAUUUUAUUUUUAGUAUUUGACUUGAUUUGAGUAGUUAAAAUAUGUAAUUCCAGGUGUCAGUGAGCUUAUUUAUAUUUUCUCAACACUCUAUCCAAAGACAGUCUUUUUGUUGAGCCAUGUAGAGACACAUAAAACUUAGGUUCAAAUAAUUGACCCUAGGUUUUAAGAUUCAGUUCUUAGUCCAUCCAAAUCAGUUCAACAUAGUUCUUACUCUGGCCUGAAAAUGAUUUUGAAAUCAAAUCAAGUCUUUAGAAAGGAAGCAAAGGAAUCAAAGGCAGCCUUAAAGAGUCAGUGAGGGUCAGUGAGAUGGUUUAAACUGAUCCAAUUAAUCGCCUUCACUGCAUGAGGAAAAUAAAACUACUGAUACUGAUUCUCUGAAGCAAACACAUCAGUGACAGGAACACCAAGUGCUGCACACCAGCUUUUAUGUCUAUGUUGAUGAAUUUUCUUUUUCUCAUCUUUGACAAACUAUCCAUGUUUCUCUGUUAGUUACUCAUUUAUGUUAACUAAAACGAACUAAGGUCCUUUCCAGACGACUGCAGUUCUACCACUGAUAUGUGUGUGCUUUAAAUUAUGUGCAUCACUUGAAGACAAAAUAGGUGAGCAGAGGUUUCUCACCAACACCAGCUUGUUCAAGUACCUGAUUGAAGUCUGAACACAGUGCCCAACUGCAUAAAAUGCAUGUCUUUAGAAAAUUCAGUUUUCCUUACUUUCCAUUGCACAUUCAAGUGGUGCAAGAACUAUAAGUUACAGUCAAAACAGACAGCCUUUUUUGCUUGCUUGUUGUUUCCACUACAAAAAAAUGGUAUAAAUUUUAAAAUAUUCUAUUCCUCCUUUGCUAGGGACCCCCUACAGCUCUUCAAGGGUUAGGGUUUGGUAACCCUAACACCCAGCCCCCAGAUUGAAACCACUGAUCUAGUGCACUUUAUAUACCUUAUGCCAAUUUGACUGUCUAAAUGUUUCAAAAUUUAAAGUGGAUGCCGAUAAUGUAAUACACUUAAAAAUCCCCACAGUGGAUAAAUGUCCAAAGCUGUUUUGUUGUUAAAAAUACAACAACACAAUGCCCCCAAUAUCGACCACACACAGCUCCGUCACAGCCGCCAGAAACACUGUGGACCCAUGGCUCCUUUCUCCUCUCAGCUAUCGUUAUGUGCCCAGUCUAUUUCAACCAGAACGGAAAUUCAUUUGUGAAUAUAUAGAAAUGCCUGUGUUUCUCCACAACUGAAAUAAAAUUAAUAUUUAAUAAUUAAUCCUAUUUGUUACCAGGGGAGUUUCCAGGCAAAAGUGGGGUUUACUCAAAAAUUUAGUUGUUUCAAAUGCUGGUGUAAAGGGGCCUUUAGUCGAGCACCUAUCACUGACGGUGCAAACAGAUAAUUAAUUCCUGUCUGACCCAAUUGACUGAUCCUAAUUGAUUUACUCACUACAGAGUAACUAUGAAGUGUUCAAUAUUUCUGACUGAGUGACACAGUCUGGGUGAUUUCUUACAGGUCAGCAGGAAUCAAAUGUUGAUUGUAAUCUCAGCUGUCACUAUUAUCAUAAUUAUUAUUAAAACUGUUUACAAUUAUUACAUUAUAAUUAUUAUAACAGACAGGAAAAAUUCUCUCCAGAUACUCUUCUUGGCAUGCUUUCAUUUUGUUUGUCAAUGAAAAGAAAACAACUUCCAUCUGUACCCAUGUGGGUACAACAGAAAACACAAUAAGGAAUAUGCCUACAGACAAAACCUUAUUUGUUUAGUAUUUAUGGCAUACCAUAAAUUCAAUCUGUAAAACAUUUUAACUGAAGAGAAAUUAUUUUCUAGGUGCAUUAUGUAACUGGGCACUGAGGUCUCAAUCAUUUGUUGACAGGGUGUUUCUUUAAAAAAGCAGUCAACAUCAAAUAAAAUGUGACAAAAUACAACCAAAGUUACUAAAUCAAAAUGUUGACUUUUAAGACCAGAUACAAGUCUUCUUUUUUUAAAACAAAAUGAUGAGAUUCUAAGUCUAAAUAGACUUUUGGAAUAGAUAUCCAAAUUAUUAUUUUUAAUGUCAAACUUAUUAAAGGUCCAUUGUGUAGGAUUUAGUGGCACCCUCCCUUUUCAAGCGCAAAGGAGAAACUACAGUGGCCGCGAAAUGCGUAAAAAGACUAACACAUAUCAAGAGCCAGUGUUUGUUUGUCCGUUAUGGGCUACUGUAGAAACAUGUCGGUUCAACAUGGUGGACUCACUGUUUACAAAUGGCUCACUCUAAGGUAACGAAAAGACAACGAUUGUUGUCUCCUAAAUGUAACACAAUGGACAUUUUAAAGCUGCAGUAGGUAACUUUUAUAAAAAUAAAAUAUAAAUUUGUUUUUAUUCAGAUCUGGUAGAUUCUUGCAAAUUCCAUUACGAGCACUAGGCGGAGCCAGGGGAACCUGAUUUUUUUCACAGAUUAUCUGUUUUAUAUACUACCGUCAGGUUAAAGUGAAAGUUUCAGCAAAUAUGAGAUUUUAUGUCAAAAUAUUUUUUUUUUAUGUCAAACUUAAAAACAAAGAGCUAAAUUAUGUUUGAUUACUCAUGAGAAUUAUGAGGACACAAAGUCACUACAGCUGCAUUUUACAGCAGCAAUCAUUCUGUUCUGCGUCUUGAUGGUUGCGAAACAAACCUGUCACAAAAUGGAGCCUAUAUGGCUGGCAUGAAAAUGAAAAGAUUUUUUAACCCAGCAUGUAAAAUUCCAAGAUAAAUCAAGUGUCAAUAUCAACUUGAUAUUAUGUGAUCAUACAGGAGGAGAAAUUAAAUUGACAUAAAUCAUCAUCAUUACUUCACACAGAGUACUAAAGGUAUGGGGACGCAGUAGAAGGCAUAUCUAUUGCUUUACAUUUGCACAAAUCUAAAUAAAUCGAUUAACUGUGCUUCUCUGUUGUUUUUCUCCAAAAAAGAACUGUAACCUGAAGUGGAGUUUAUGUGGAAGUAAAGAACAGGGCACAGAGAUUGUAAUUUGUCAUUGAAUGUCAGAAAACGAGAUACAGUCCUUAAGAUUGAGGGUAAAUAGUGUGUUUGGGGGUUUGAGGUGCCCCUUUUGUCUCUGCCAUGGCGUACCUUGAAACACCCAACAACAGCAUGCCACAGAGAAUUGCUAAUCUUGUUUUUAUUUUCAGAAUUAUGGCCUUACUCCAUAGAAACCAAUGCAACAAAGAGUAGACAAAUGUGUCUCUUCUGUAUGCGCUUAUUCAAAAGGAAGAAACAGCAUUGUGUAUACUAGAGACAUUUUCAAGACUGUUGCUCUUCCCAUCAAAACCUGGAGGAACUGUGGUCAUGGACAAAGGAGAACAUUCAAAGUCGUUGAGACUUUUCUGUUGCAGACUGAUGACCUUAGCGAACCCUGCUCUGGAUUUUUUGGGAUUGUUUUUCUCAGUUGUUUUUCUCUUGGAUGUCAACCUGAGGACUGAAGGAAAAACCAUUGGUCUUUCCAUUUUCAUUUCUGGGACAAAGCCAGAGGAAACUGUGGAUUCACACAGUGUUGAUGCUGGAGAGGCCUGACAGUGCUUUUUUAGUUGCCUCAGGCAGAUUAUCUUUUGUAAAUUUACUGUGACCUCUGUACUUAGUGUGUAUUAUACUGACAGCAAACCAACUUUGAAAUGCAAUGGAAGAGUUACUGAUCAUUGUAUUUUUACUGUGUGUGUGUGUGUAUGUGUGAGUGUGUUUCUAUUGGCAGGUAUGAUUGUGUGUAUGUGCUAGAUGAUGGUUACAUGGAUGACACAGGAAAGUGAGAGGGAAAAUACUGACCAGAUACUAGGGCUGCACCUAACGAUAAUUUUUCUUGAUUAAUCAAUUAGUUGUUUGGUCCAAAAUGUUGUUUAGUGUUUCCCAAAGCCCAAGGUUACAUCCUCAAAUGUGUUGUUUUGUCCACAACCCACAGAGAUGACUAAAGGAAAGCAGAAAUUAUCCACAUGGUGGAAGCUGAAAUCUGAGAAUUUUGACAUUUUUUCUUGGUGGUCAACUAAUCGAUUAAUCAACUUGUUGCAGCUCUACCAGAUACAUAUUGCAUUUAGAAGAUAUCAUUCCUGCAAAUGCUUCCUCACUAUUUCUCACGUUGACCAUUUUUCCUGACACACAGAUCUGAAUGUGUUUUAAAACCAAGAUGUUUACUCAAAGUCCCUUUUGUAAAACAUGUAUUAGGUUAUUAUUAAUUGGACUGAUUUUUUUGUACAUAUUUAGGCAUAAUGAUGGUAAAUAAAAAAGCUUGAUAUAAAGCAUCUGGACAGGCCAAAUGUGCCUACGGACACUGGUCUCUCUGAAUGUUUUAUUGAAGAAUUCACACAUAAAUAAUGAAGUAAGAAUUGUAGAUACAGAAGAUUUCACUUUGACAUCUAAACAGCUCUCAAAUUGUCCUUGUUGUUAAAGGAUAACCCCAAAUUAUUCAUCUUGGGUCUUAUCCAUCAUUGCUGUCAGUUACAGAGCUGAUAUGUGAGCUCAUAGUCUGAUGGGUUGAACAUGAGCAGUCAGACGAUCAGACAGACCAAGAGGCCUUGCCUUUUGUUUCGUAGAUUGGCUCCGUAACGGAGUGUGAAGCUUCUGUUGCAAUCAUCAACAGAAUCACAGGCUAGCUAAACUACAAACCAAAUAAAGCAUUCAGACAAGCAACAGACACCUAAACAAUCCACCUGAUGCUGCAUCACAAAGUAGCCGAAGCUCUUUUUCAUUGCUGGUUUUAUUGUGAUAGAAUAAAUGACCAACAUAGCAUGGAGCUCCCUAAAGAUGGUAUUUUCUUGUCUUGUUCUCAAGAUUAAAAAUAUAUAUAUCAUCUAUGUAAGCUAGGUCCCUCCAUUUGCUAUCAGCCAACAAUGUAAACUUGCUUUUCUACAGAAAUUGAAUCAAAUAAUUCCAUUCAAAUCAUAAAUAGAACUGGGUAGUCCUUACACAUUACAUCCAGUUUUGCUGUCAUAAAUGCUGGUGUGACUGGGCCCAGCAGUAAAUGACCCAGAUACCAAUUUGACAAGUUAAUGUCCAAAUCAUUCUUUGGUUGUUCUGCUGUGUUACUGUUGCCUAGUGAACAUGCACAUUAACACAAAUCACAAUAACAAGGUAUCACUGUGGGUAGAUACAGUAUAUCUUUGGGAGAAACUCAAAAUAUUGCUAUGUUUCUAGAGGUGGCACACCUAUGAAUUCUACAGAAACAGUUUAAUUAAGUAGAACAGUAAAUGUCGAAGGUUAAAAGAAAAGUCCCAUCUUAGUGCACCCUGAAGUCAAAAACACUGAAUAUCACAGAGGCAAGUCAGAGGCUGCGGUUUCACUUUGUUCUGUAUUAUUUUAAAAAAUGUUGUAGAGCUAUUACGCAUGUCUCUGGCAAUUUAUGA